AUGGGCGAUAAUCUCCAGUCGCUGCGAAGGCUAGCUAAAAGAUUCAAUAUCCGGGAUCGACGAGAGGGAAAGGACUGGCCUGAAGCCCAUAGAAGGACGUUCCAGAGUAUCAAAUCUGUGACACAAUAUAGAUUCGACACUUAUAUUCCAGAGCCCUGGAAGCAACAGACCAAAGCGCGCGCACAAUGGCUGGUAAAACGUGCAGAACGCCUUUUUGGCCAGGAGCGUAAUGAAGCUGGUUGA